AUGUCCGGCAUCGCCGUAUUCCGCCUUGCCGAAGAGAGAAAGGCCUGGAGAAAGGAUCAUCCUCUCGGAUUCGUUGCUAAGCCAGCGAAGGAGUCUGAUGGGACCUUGAAUCUAUUCAAGUGGACUUGUGCAGUGCCAGGCAAAAAGGGCACUAUUUGGGAGGGCGGGCUGUACAAGAUUAAUGUUUAUUUCAAUGACGACUACCCUUCAACCCCACCAGUUUGCAAAUUCGACCCUCCGGUUUACCAUCCGAAUGUUUAUUAUUCAGGCAGGAUCUGCCUGUCUAUUCUAAAUGAGGAACUAGGAUGGAAAUCAUCAAUCUCGCUCAGGGAAAUUCUUAUUGGGAUACAGGACUUCCUGGACGAUCCGAACCCCGAAGAUCCUGCACAAGAUGACGCUUAUCUAGCUUACGUUAGAAACAGAGCAGCGUAUGAGGAGCGCGUGCGUCGCGAUGCGCAAACUAUUUUUUGUCCUGAUAGAAUUCUUGAGCAGAUGAAGGAUGAGUAG